CGGCGCUAGCAGAAUCCGGAGGACGGUUGCUGAGCCGGCCUGGGAUCCUGGUCGCGGCGCCUUCCGCCUGACCGUUCCUACUCCAUCUGUCGGACCCCAAGUGACCUAACUUGAGCCCCCGCCGGACGGGCGAGCCAGACUGAGAGCACACUACCCUAGGGCAGAGGGCAACUCCCAGCCAGGAGCCACAUCACAGGUAGCAAGGACGGGACACCAAUGGAUGACCAUGGAAUUCCCUGAGCUGGUAUCAGGUGCUACGGGCACUGGGAAUCUCACCAAGAGGGGACUGACGGAGCUAGGGGCCAGCGAGAUGGCAGACGAGGCCUUAGCUGGGCUGGAUGAGGGAGCCCUGCGGAAGCUGUUGGAGGUCACAGUGGAUCUGGCAGAGCGGCGGCGCAUCCGCUCGGCCAUCCGGGAGUUGCAGCGGCAGGAGCUGGAGCGUGAGGAGGAGGCCCUGGCAUCCAAGCGCUUCCGUGCAGAGCGGCAGGACAACAAGGAGAACUGGCUGCACUCUCAGCAGCGGGAGGCCGAGCAGCGGGCUGCUCUGGCACAGCUGGCGGGGCAGCUGGAGUCCAUGAGUGAUGUGGAGGAGCUGACAGCACUGCUGCGAGGUGCUGGUGAGUAUGAGGAACGCAAGCUGAUCCGAGCUGCCAUCCGCCGUGUCCGGGCCCAGGAGAUUGAGGCUGCCACCUUGGCUGGGAGGUUGUACAGCGGGCGUUCCAACAGCAGCUCAAGAGAGGACAGCAAGGGGCGAGCAACACACAGGCUGGAACGGUGUGAGGCGCCGGAGCGAGAGGAACAGGAACAGCAGGCAGAGGUCCCAGAGCCAACCCCAACCUCUGAAGGCACCAGCCGGGAUGUGACCACAGUGACACUCCUGCUGAGGGUCCCACCUGGGGACACACCCAGUCCACCUGCCUCACCCGACAGCUCACCCACCACUACCUCUCCUGAACCUCCACUGGAGCCUGCUGAGGCCCAGUGCCCUGUCGCUGAGGCUCUGGACAGCCCUGAGCCACCCUCCAGCCCACCCAGGGCCACCAGCUCUGAGCCCCAGGAGCCACCAGCGGCCCCCAGCACUGAGGGGCAGGUAGUCAACAAGCUCCUGCCUGGCCCCACAGAGCCCCCUGCUGCCCAAGGCCCCACCAAAGGUCCCUCCGACACAAAGAGAGCAGACCUGGCUGGACCCCGUCCCUGCCAACGCUCCCUGUCCGUGCUUAGCCCCCGCCAGCCAGCCCAGAACCGAGAACCCACCCCCCUUGCCAGCGGACCUUCCCCGUUCCAGCGGGCUGGCUCCGUGCGGGAUCGCGUACGCAAAUUCACAUCUGAUUCUCCUAUGGCUGCUGGGCUCCAGGAUGGCCCACCCCGGGCGGCCUUAAGUUCUUCGACCCCAGCAAGGCUCCUGGGCCCCUCCCUCAUCAGCACCACCCCUGCCUCCUCCUCCAGCAGCUCCUCACGGGGCCCAAGUGACACCUCCUCCCGGUUCAGCAAGGAACAGCGAGGAACAGCCCAGCCCCUGGCCCAGCUUCAGAGCUGCCGACUUCAGAGCUGCCGACGGGAGGAGGGCCCCGGGGGGCGGGGCUUGGCUGCCAGGCCCCUUGAAAACAGAGCAGGGGGCCCCGUGGCCCGCUCAGAGGAGGCCAGUGCCCCACUGCCCGUGGCCGUCGGCACUGCCGAACCAGGGGCCAGUAUGAAGACCACAUUUACCAUCGAGAUCAAGGAUGGCCGAGGCCAGGCCUCCACGGGCCGGGUGCUGCUGCCCACAGGCAACCAGAGGGCAGAACUGACGCUGGGGCUGCGGGCGCCCCCCACCCUCCUCAGCACCAGCAGUGGGGGCAAGAGCACCAUCACCCAUAUCAGCAGCCCUGGGACCCUGGCCCAGCUGGGCGGUGUCACUCACGUCACCAGCUUCAGCCAUGCCUCCCCUGGUAGCCGGGGAGGCUACAGCAUUAAGAUGGAGCCAGAGCCAGCAGAGCCCCCAUCUGCAGCAGUGGAAGUAGCCAAUGGUACCAAGCAGACCCAAGUGGACAAAGCACCAGAGAGGCGGAGCCCACUGCGUGCUGAGGAGUUGAUGACCAUUGAGGAUGAGAGUGUCCUGGACAAGAUGCUGGAUCAAACUACAGACUUUGAGGAGCGGAAGCUCAUCCGGGCUGCACUACGUGAGCUCCGACAAAGGAAGAGAGACCAGCGGGACAAGGAACGAGAACGGCGGCUACAAGAGGCACGGGCCCGGCCAGGGGAGGGCCGUGGCAACACAGCCACUGAAACCACCACGCGGCACAGCCAGCGGGCAGCCGACGGCUCAGCUGUCAGCACUGUCACCAAGACUGAGCGGGUCGUCCACUCCAAUGAUGGCAAACAGACGGCCCGCACCACCACCGUGGAGUCCAGUUUCGUGAGGCGCUCGGAGAAUGGUGGCGGCAGCACCAUGGUGCAAACCAAGACCUUCUCCUCCUCAUCAUCCAAGAAGAUGGGCAGUAUCUUCGACCGCGAGGAUGAGGCCAGCCCGCGGCCCGGCAGCCUGGCGGCGCUCGAGAAGCGCCAGGCGGAAAAGAAGAAAGAGCUGAUGAAGGCGCAGAGCCUGCCCAAGACCUCGGCCUCCCAGGCGCGCAAGGCCAUGAUUGAGAAGCUGGAGAAGGAGGGCGCCGCGGGCAGCCCUGGCGGACCCCGCGCAGCCGUGCAGCGCUCCACCAGCUUCGGGGUCCCCAACGCCAACAGCAUCAAGCAGAUGUUGCUGGACUGGUGCCGAGCCAAGACGCGUGGCUAUGAGCACGUGGACAUCCAGAACUUCUCCUCGAGUUGGAGUGAUGGGAUGGCUUUCUGUGCCCUGGUGCACAACUUCUUCCCUGAGGCCUUUGACUACGGGCAGCUCAGCCCGCAGAACCGGCGCCAGAACUUCGAGGUGGCCUUCUCAUCCGCCGAGAUGCUGGUGGACUGCGUGCCCCUGGUGGAGGUGGAUGACAUGAUGAUCAUGGGCAAGAAGCCCGACCCCAAGUGCGUCUUCACCUAUGUGCAGUCGCUCUACAACCACCUGCGGCGCCACGAGCUGCGCCUGCGCGGCAAGAAUGUCUAGCCUCCCCGCCCCCACCGCCCGCCUGCGGCAAGCUGCCCCACCAUCCAGGCACUAUCCCCUCCCUGUGCGCCUGCCCAUCGCUGCCUUGUCUGUCGCGACACCGUGCCCCGCAUACACACGCAGCGUUUUGAUAAAUUAUUGGUUUUCAACGA